AUGGUGUCCAACUGCGGUUUUCGCACACAUUACAUACUGAAGGACGCCGACUCGCGCGACACGCAGAGCAUCAAAGUCGAAGUCAGGCGGAGCCCUACCACGCUACCAUUACAAAGCGCCUCGCAAUCGACCAAUUUCGGCACUGAACAUGCUGCCGGUGUUGCCGUCCUCAUCAAAGACAUUCGGCUUGGCAAGUUGGCUAGAGGCAUAGGCUAG